ACUGCAGUAGUUACGAAUUUUUCAAUAGCAGGCUUACAUACAGAAUCCAUGAACAGCAAUAAUGAAGAUAAUACUACUACUGUUUCUCUCUUUGACGGCCAUUUUGUUCAUCUGCGCAACAGUCCGAGCUGGUGAAGAAGUAGAUUAUGUCCGACCUCCGCCACGUAAAGCCUUUCGUUUGCCCUGGGAUCCAAAACCUUCCUCCCAACCUCAGCAGGUUCACAUCUCAUUAGCUGGAGACAAACACAUAAGGGUAUCAUGGACCACAACUGAUAAAUCUUCUCCUUCAAUUGUUGAAUAUGGAACAUCCUCUGGAAAAUACAGUGGUAAAGCUCAAGGAGAAAGUACCAAGUACAGUUACCUGUUAUAUCGUUCCGGGAUGAUACACCAUACUGUGAUUGGACCAUUGCAAGACAACACAGUGUAUUUCUACAGAUGUGGUGGAGAAGAUCCGGAGUUCCAGUUCAAAACUCCACCAUCUAAGUUUCCAGUUGCUUUUGCCGUGGCAGGAGAUUUAGGCCAAACUGGAUGGACGAAGUCAACUUUAGACCAUAUAGACCAAUGUAAAUAUGAUGUUCACUUGCUCCCUGGUGACCUUUCUUAUGCUGAUUAUAUUCAACGUAGGUGGGACACAUUUGGUCAACUGGUUCAGCCGUUGGCUAGUGCAAGGCCAUGGAUGGUGACUCAAGGGAAUCAUGAAAAAGAAAACAUACCAUUCGUUGUGGAUGAAUUUAUAUCUUACAACUCCAGAUGGAAGAUGCCAUUUGAAGAGAGUGGAUCUACUUCAAAUCUAUACUAUUCAUUUGAUGUUGCUGGGGUUCAUACAAUCAUGCUUGGUUCAUAUACCGACUAUGAUGAGUACUCUGAUCAAUAUAGAUGGCUAAAGGCUGAUCUUCUAAAGGUUGAUCGUAAAAAGACUCCUUGGUUGGUUGUGUUAUUCCAUGUGCCAUGGUAUAAUAGUAAUGAAGCCCAUCAAUGUGAAGCUGAUGACAUGAUGACAUCUAUGGAGCCUCUGUUGUAUGCAGCCGGUGCAGAUAUAGUCUUUGCUGGCCAUGUUCAUGCUUAUGAGCGCACGAAACGAGUUUAUAAUGGUAAACCUGAUCCUUGUGGUGCUGUGCACAUAACCAUUGGUGAUGGAGGAAACAAAGAAGGUUUAGCACGCAAGUACAAGCUACCCCAACCAGAAUGGUCUGUUUUCCGUGAAGCAAGCUUUGGCCAUGGUGAACUUGCGAUAAUUAAUUCAACUCAUGCCUCUUGGAGUUGGCAUAGAAAUGAUGAUGAUGAACCAGUGAGGUCUGAUCAGGUUUCAAUUACCUCGUUGAUCGGUUCAGGAUGCAGCAGCAUUGGAGUCGUGAACUAAGUAAAAUCCUCGUGGAUCGUUGAAGCUCUCUUUGUAACAGAAACCAAUUACUUGUUCUUAUUAUAAAGUUGAUUUAGGAGAUAUAUUUAUUAAUUAAAGAAAGGACCAUUAAUUCCUUAGUUUUAGUCUCUAAAUGAAAUGUACCUAGUAAAAUCUCUUUCUUUAUAAUAUUAUUACUUAUUACUUGCCUUCAAUUAUGAUUGUAUUUGACUACCAAUAUGAGUUCUGUUACUUGUGAAUUAAUAGCCAUUAUCCUUGUG